AUGAUACUUCGAUGCGGCAGAAAGUUGUCUAGUGGACGAGCUUUAUCUGGACCGGUUUCUAGUACCCAUGAUUUGACUGUUGCUGAACAAGACAAAACUAGUUCUUUUUUCAGGCGAGAAAGUAAUUCAUUGAUGAAAAGUUUUACUGAAAAACGUUUGACAGCAUUAUUAAUUGCAAUCUGUAUAAUAUUUAUCAUCGGUAACAUUCCACAAGUGUUUGUAAUGAUUUUACAGCAUGAAAAUCGUGAAACUAACUAUUCAUUCCAACUGUUUCGGAACAUUGCUAACGCCUUAGAAGUGUUGAAUCACUGCUUAAACUUCUUCGUCUUUUGUUUGGCAAGUCGUGAUUAUACCAGAGCAUUUUUGCAUAACAUCAAAUUCUUGCAUCGGAUUCUGAUUAAAAUACCAUGUUGUGCGCGAUAUUUGCAGCCAAAUCGUAACAGUGAUGUUGUUGAUAUGACUGGCCGAUUGUCAGUGGGUAAUUUUUCAACAUUUAAUCGUGAUAAAAAGCUGUCAUCAGAUGAACCAAGUGGAACUGUUGAUGCUGCUGUUCAGAGUAGUCCAACAACAACAACUAUAGAGCAUAAAUCAGAUGACAAAAAAAUCAUCACCGAAAGUAUCACUCGGACAACGUUCCUUGCCAACAACUCUGGACGUGAUAGUCCAGAUUCAGAGGAAGAUUCUAUACUUGUAUAG